AUGGCGGAAUUUACACCCCCUGAUCGGACUUUAGGCCGUGCCUUUUUGUUUCUGUUUUUCUAUUAUGCAGUAGUAAUAGUCGGGAAUGGAUUUCCCAGCGUAUGGACAGGCGCUCAAGCUCGCAGCCUGACUGGAUGGCCUGAGUCCCUGCGUGAAUGA